AUGUCGAAGAUCGAAUCCGAGAAAAACCUUUCCAGCGUCAAAGUGAGCCCAGCCGAACAUACAAGCCAUGGAGCACAUAAAGUAGAUCUCCAAGAUGCGGAUGGAGCGGCAGCACUUAUCGCUGGAUUCAAUGGGGAAAUAACCAAAGAGAUGUCAGAUAAGGUCAGGUGGAAGUGCGAUAAGCAUAUGCUGCCUUUGAUGAUGAUAUUAUACUUUGUCCAAUUCACUGACAAAACCACUCUGGGAUCUUCGUCCAUCUUGGGCAUCAAGACGGACAAUCAUCUAACCCAAGCUCAGUACAACUGGCUCGGAACGAUUUUCUACCUGGCAUACCUUAUCUUCGAAUGGCCUCAAAAUUUAGCUCUGCAAAGAUUCCCUCCUGGUAAAUGGAUGGCAUGCAAUAUCCUUGUUUGGGCUGUUGUACUCUGCUGCCACGCUGCUUGCUCCAGUUUUGCCGGCCUUUUUGUUUGUCGAAUGUUUUUGGGAAUCUGCGAAGGAAGUAUUACCGCUGGAUUCUUGAUUUUAACGAGCAUGUUCUACACCCACUCCGAAGCUACUCAACGAGUAGGAUACUGGUUCCUCAUGAAUGGUACUGCACAAAUAUUCAACGGCUUCGUUUCUUUCGGUGUCUAUCAUAUCAACCCUGAGAUUAUCCAUCCAUGGAAGAUAUACAUGAUCAUAACAGGUGGUAUCACAUUGGUCGUCGGAAUUUGUUUCUGGUUUUUCAUCCCUGACAAUCCGAUGAAAGCUCGUUUCCUCACUACAGAGGAGAAGAUUAUUGCGAUCGAAAGACUACGAGGCGAAUCGACUGGCAUAGAGAAUAAGACAUGGAAGAAGGAUCAGUUUGUAGAAGCUUUGAUGGAUUGGAAGUCUUGGGCUUUUGCAGUUUAUGCUGGUUCAAAUAACGUUGCCAAUUCCUUGACUAAUAUGACCCAACUCAUCAUCAACUCUUUCGGAUUCACUGUUGGACAGACUACUCUCCUGGGAUGUGUCUCAGGCGUCAUUGAGAUCCUUACCAUAUACUCUUCUGUACUGGUAAUCAAGAGGUAUCCUAAUGCUCGAGCUUACAUUGGAGCUUGUUAUGCUAUACCCAAUAUUUUGAGCGGAGCGUUAUUAAUCGGUCUUCCAUGGUCUGCCAAAGCUGGUCUACUCGUGGCCGUCUACUUAGGAGGAGUUGGUACCCCAGGAUUUGUUCUUUCGCUCUCUUGGUGCGCCGAAUCUACCAGUGGACACACGAAAAAGACAACUACAAAUGCGAUGUUAUUGAUCGGAUAUUGUCUUGGGAAUUUACUAUCCCCACAGAUGUGGCAAAGCAAGUAUGCACCGCGAUAUUAUAUUCCUUGGGGUAUCAUUUUAGGUACAUACGUUGUCAAUCCGCUGAUCUUGCUCACCAUGAGAUACUUCUUGAAUAAGGAAAACAAACGACGAGACAUGUUAUUCGAAACUGGACAAGCUGAAAUUGAAAAAUACGUUGAUGAGGAAGGCCGGGAAAUUGACGCUACUUUCUUGGAUAUAACUGAUAGAAAGAAUCUUGCUUUUAGAUACCCUCUCUAA